AUGCAGCACCGACCGGAAACCAAAUAUUAUUAUAUGGGUUAUUACAUUAGCACUUGUCCGAAAAUGCGCUAUAAAGGAUCAUUCCGACCGAGCGAAUUGCUGUGCGAUCGGACUUUUCAAUGGGUGCCUCUGGAUGUUUGUGAUCGGAUGUUGCAGGAUAAUGACAAUAAAUUCACCGUGUUCUUACCGAAUUUACCGCCAGCUGUGAUGCAAACACGGGAUCAACUGAUCUUGUUAAUUGAUGGAAAAGUUGAUUCUUGCUGUAUGCUGACAUCGAGCCGAAAUGAUGCCAUCUCUUCAUGA